AUGGAAUGUUGGCUUCUUCUCGCCAUUUCAACAACAAAACUCUUCCCCUUCUUAACCAUUCCAAAGCUAGCCCGAGACAUAUCUAACUACCUCUUCAGUUGCUUUCGAUUCAACAACAUUAUCAACCAAACCUCUUCUAACAAACCCAUGAUCUUCAUCUUCGUCCACGUUUACAUGCUCGGAAUCGGCUGCACUCGAACCAUGCCUUCGUUGCCAACUCAUUAUUCAUCAAACAAAGAUGAAGGUAAUGGUGGUGUUAUUGCUAAGAAGCGAAAAAUCGCAGAUGUUAAUGGUGAUUCGAAUGAGAUAGAGUUUUUUGUGGGUAAAACAGAUGAGGAAGAGAUUCUUCUUGCUACGUUGAGUCAAGUUCAGGCUGCGGUGAAGGUAAAGAGAUUUUAUGGCGAUGAAUCGGUAGAUGAUGAUGAUAAGUGUUCGAUCUGUUUGGAGAGGUUUAAGCCAGAUAUUGUGGUUGCGACCACUCCUUGCUCGCCUGUGUUUCACAGAGACUGUGUUUUCCAGUGGCUCCCAAACACCGGUCAAUGCCCCCUCUGUAGAUCAUUUUGUACUACUGAGAUGUAG